UGGCAAAUCAGAGAGGAGCAGCUCUCUGAUCUGAUAAGGCCCUGAUAAGAGUCAGGUUCAGGACUCCAACCCACAGUUAUGAGACCUGUUUUCAUUUGAUUUAAUCAGGUUCGGAAAGCCUGUUGUCAUGUUGAUGUAAUGAGUAAGACCUGAUGAGUCACAUGUGAGACUGUAUUUCUGCUGUCUGUUAUUAGAUUGACACAAAGGACAGUGAUUGUCAGCUUAAAUAUUAACUUGGAGGAUGAGAGUAAAGCUGACUGUUAGCGGCUGAGCUUGGCUCAAACCGGCCACUGUCUGAUCGAUGCUGCAGCUUGAGGACAUUCGGCAGGGAACAUGAGCAACUUUGGGCAGAUCCUGAAGGAGAUCGGGGAGUUCGGCGUGUUUCAGAAGCGCUUGGUGGCGGCAUUAUGCAUCCCCAGCAUUUUUGUAGCCUUCGACGUGAUCGGCCAGGUGUUUACUGGCAUGAACUUCCCACACCACUGUAACACUGACUGGAUCUUGGAGCGUGGACCAAACCUGACAGAUGAAGCCAAAAGAAAUCUCACCAUCCCCGUGAACAGCGAGGGAAGGUUGGAAAGUUGUAAAAUGUUCACACCGGUAGAUCUGAGCCUGGAAACUAUUGAAAAGUAUGGAAUCAACACCACAACAGAAUGUGUGAAUGGAACUGAUUUUGAAGUUCCUAAAGGCGCUUCAAGUAUCGUAACAGAGUUCCACCUGGCGUGUGACAGGAGCAGUCUGAUUGAAGCAUCACAGUCUAUCUACAUGGCGGGGCUUCUGGUUGGAGCGUUUGUGCUGGGGCAAAUGGCUGACAGGUUUGGCCGACGCUUUGUUGUGUUGCUUUCACUCCUUUUGCUGCUGGUGUUUGGAGUGAGUUGUGCUUUCUCCCCCAACAUCUACGUUUACAUCGCUCUCAAAUUUUUUUGCGGCAUUUCAAUUUCUGGCAUUAUUGCCAAUGCGUUCGUCAUAGGUGGAGAAUGGAGUGAUUCCUCAAAGUUUGCCCUCUGCACCAUUAUCUGCCACGCGUUCUACCCUCUGGGGCUGAUGAUACUGUCUGGUAUUGCUUAUCUGAUCCGCAACUGGAGGAUCCUGCAGCUGGUGCUCUUCAGCCCUCUCAUCCUUGUCCUGGGCAUCUUCUACUGGAUUCUUCCAGAGUCAGCUCGCUGGCUCAUCACUCAGGGUAGGAAGGAGGAAGCCAUAAAAGAAAUCCGGAAAGCAGCUAAAGUAAACAAGAGAAGCGUACCCGAAGAGCUUCUGGAAAAACUGGAGGCUGAGGGCACAACCAAAAAAGGAACCAUGCUGGACAUCUUCAGGCUGGCGUAUCUGAGGAAACGGGCUCUGAUCAUGAGCUGUGCCUGGUUUGCGACCAGCCUGAUGUACUACGGACUCAGCCUGAAUGUGGGCAAUUUUGGUCUGGACAUUUAUCUGACACAGUUCAUCUUUGGGAUAGUGGAAUUUCCCGCCCGUCUGGGCAUUCUGCCUCUCCUGCAGCGCUUUGGCAGAAAGAUGUGUCAGGGAGGGGUGCUGUGCCUCGGAGGUUUGGCUUGUCUUGGGAUUCUAGCUAUACCAAGAGAUCUUCCAGUUGUUGUGACGGUAAUAGCUGUUCUGGGGAAAUUUGCUGCCACAGCCAGUUUUGCCACCGUCUACGUUUAUACUGCGGAAUUGUACCCAACGGUUUUGAGGCAGAACGGCGUAGGUCUGAACUCCAUGUGUGCCCGCGUGGCUGGCAUCCUGGCGCCUCUGAUCCGGCUCCUGGACGUCUAUCAUCACACCAUCCCCAUGCUGAUUUACGGCACCGUCCCCAUCGUUGCCGGGGGCCUCUGCGUGCUGCUGCCGGAGACCCGCAAUGUGGAACUUCAGGACCACGCCGAGAUCCCACAACCUUCAGAUGAAACUUACGAGAAAAUCUGUUUCGUCCAGGAGGGCAAAUUGGGAAAAAGCACAAAAAUGUGAUUUUUGGACCGUGGUUUAUUUAAUGUCUGGCCUCCUCUCAGCUGAUGCACUCAUCACAUCCAUUUGUUAGAUUGCAGCUAGAUGCAUCAAGUGUCACAAUCAUUUUUUUUUUUAUUGUUACAAUCUUUUUAUUGUCACUCCCAUCAAAGCUGUACACUGAUAACUGGGAUUGUGCAUUAUUCUGCAUUAUAGUUUUGUAUGUACUGUACAUUUGCUGUAAACAGUUCAAAUAAUCUCUUCAUUUUCAUUACGGAAUUAUGUUAUCCCGUAUACAGUGUAGUCUAUUUCUAUGUAUGAAAGUGCUAUUUCUGUAAUAAAUCUAGAAAAAUCUGUUUGUCUUUCUCUUGAAACAAAUGCAUUUAAUAGUUUGACCAAUGUCGAUCAUUUCUAGAGCCAUUUUUUGCAUUAAUCAGAGUAAAAUACGCUGAGGCCAUUUUCUUUCCCAUUUGCUUUUUCGGCUCCUAGAAGUUUGAUGGGUCUUAAUGCCGUUCUUCAGCAAUCUCUGAGCUGUGACAUAUCUGAGGGUUGCUUCAGCUGCUGAUAAACAAAAACAUCCUCACUGCGUGUCGUGGCCUCUGCCAUGCUACGCAUGCUACACUCAG